CUAUAAAAAACAUGGACUAAAAUUUUACCAUCAGGAUACUAUGGACUUCUGAAAUUAUAACUGCAGGAGUGAUUGAGAAUUAUCUACAGAAAGUUGCAGUGGAUUCAGGUAUUGGUUUUGAUUUGAAGAACCAAUGGCCAUAGCUUGAACAUCAUCUGUGGCAAUCUGUCAUAAAGAAUUGUUGGAAGUCCAAUUCUGACAACUGCUGUACUUCUUGGUAACUCAACUAUGCUUGAGCUCGCACCCCACACUGUCACAGAUUGCAGUUUAGAUGUUGCAGCAAACCUAGUAAGAUUUAUCUUCUUCACUUGACAGAACAACACAGAUGUUUGCCUGUGCAAUGUUACCUCAUCAUGAAUGUUAUCUAUUUUGCCCUGACUCAGCAGAGGCUGUGUACAUUCAUAUAUUUAAUCCAGAAUUUAUUAUUACAUUUUUAGAAAACACCCAACAGCUUAUAAGAUGUUGAACAUACACUUAUUUUAGCACAGUUGUUACUUAUUGUUACUACAGAAAUAUUACUGGAUGAUUCUGUUCCAAAUUAUUUGAAAUUAAUUCUAUUAGAGUUGAAGCUAAAAGUAAAAUCUCUUAUUGGGAAUACAAAAAAACAGCAGCCAUGUGAAUGGAUAACAGGAUUUUAAAAGAAUCCUCAUAUGCAUCGUCCCUCUCUUUACAGGUUCAUAAACCUUGUCAGGAAAGGUGUCCCUGAUAGUUUCUACAUAUCUAAUGUGGUGUUAUGUAUUCUGAAACAUACAAAAGGGCCGGCAACAGCUCUGCUGCUCCCUGAUUGGGUAGGACGCAGCAGAGGCUGUUGCUAGCCUUCCCUAACAGCUAAUCUUCCCUGAUUGGCCGAGGUACUGCAUCGGCAGUUGCUGAGCAGAACCCGGCCCCUGAUUGGUUAAUGUGAUUGUUACAAUUACUAUAAAUACUGGGCGCGUAUUGUGAAACCUUGAAUCGUUAUCUUACUUCCUGAACAAUAAAGACCAUCUUUCUGGCUAUCCAUGGCUCCUGCGUAUCCAUCCAUUCAAUACCUAAAACUGGCGACGAGGGUGGGAUCCGCGAUUCCCGCGGGGCCUGGAAGAAGAAAGAACAGCCAGUCGCAGCCACCUCUACUUCGCACAACUUCAGAGGCUACCCGAGCUACCUUCGCACAACUCCGAGGCUACCUUCCAGCAGCAGCAGCAGCCGUAGCCACCGCCGUUGGAGCCUGCCAGCGUCUCUGCCAACUUGGCAUCGAUCAGACGCGGCCUCCGUCCGCCCUGAGGGGGUGUCCCGCACUCACCUCGGACGGAGUGCCGCCGAUGCGCAAGGACGAGCAAUGGACCGUGAGGCUCAACCGCGGAGAAGAGCCCGUGAAGGACCUGCCGGAACUCAAGGCCAGCAUGCGCCCAGCUGAAGCAGUUUCCAGCAACCGAGGAGCUUCAAUUUACGCCAACUCGGAGGACGAGCAACAGACCCCCGGUCUACACCUACUCCGAGGACGAGCCGCAGUCUGCGGAAGCCAACCUCAGCCGGAACUGUCUGGGCCCAAAGCUGUUGGGUUUUCCGUGCACCUCACGGAUCCAGCCAGCUGUCCCGAUAGCACAAACUGCUUCGCGAUCUGGCCACUCAGCCUGCCUGCGAAGUCUGCCUACCACGGAGCAACUCUAACCUUCCGCUCAGAAGCCGCCUGCUGCUUCCCGUUCGAGCCAACCCUUCCUGCCGCGAAGAGCUCAACGCCUUGCCUCCGCAGCUUGCCUGCAAAUCCUUGCUGCCUUCCGAAGAGCUGCCUCUACCUGCCGCCAAAGUCUCGCUGCUUCCAAAGCCUCGAGCAGCCGAGAAGCCUUGCCGCCGCUGCCUGCCUCUCCACUGCCUGCCUCCAAUGCGAGGAGCCACUGCCUUCCUGCGAAUCCUGCCAGCCAGGGAGCCAAGGGCCACCGCCUGCCUGCCUUCUGCCUCCACGGCCGGCCUCCCCGCUCAGCCGCCUCCACUCCCUGCCUCCCCGCGAGCAUGCUUCCCAACGAGAAGCUCGGGAAGCUCCGGGGCCAGCCAGAUCAAGCCGCCGCGACCUCCUCGCUGCCUCACCGCCUGCGCAGCCUGCCUGCCGGCUCUCAUCCGCCUCCUGGGCCAACUCAGCUGUCUUCCGAGUCGCUCUCAACACUCAUCAACCCAGCCGCCCAGGGAGUGCCUCUGCCAGUAUGCGAGAGGCCAGGAAGUCACGGGCCGCCGUCCCAUUCCUGCCUCUACUUCUUCCCUUCCGCCGGACCUCCGCACUGCCCUGCCAGUCCAUCCACCUCCGCGCAAAGCCCUGCCUCUGCUCCCCGCUAACUGACCUUCCGAAGCCAUCCGCGGGCCGCCUCCGGGGCCGGUCUUCGCUUCAGAGGUUGCCUCCGAGCCCAGGACCAGGAGAAUUCAAAGGGGUUUGUUUGGGCAUGCGCAGAACAGGGAGGGGGAAAAAAGAAAGAAGUGAAACUGAGAAACUUGUAAAAAUGUGUACUUAGCUGGGGGGGGGGAAUGUAAAUGAGAAGUUGCUAAAAUGGGGUAACGUAAAGGAGAAGUGAAAAAUAGAGUAUGCAGAGGAAAUGUUGAAUGAAUUAACUGGGGGGAAGGAGAAGUGAAUGAAUUUAACUGUACAUGAAAUGUGAAUUAACUGGGGGAAAGGAUUUCUUCGUAAUAACAAAGCAGAAUUGAAUUUGCUUCUGGGUAAUCUUAGUUCUAAAAUGUUACACACACACACGCAAAUGUAACACACAGACAAACUGAUUAAAAUGAGUUAAUGUUCUUACAAUGUUCUGGAACGUUCAAAGCUCCUUGUUAUGAUCCUAUGUGUUCCCCCCCCCCAUCAAACAGUCACCACCUCUCUAAGUCCAUCUACAACGAAGAGACCUGAUCCGAGAUCGUCUGCGCAUGCUCCUUAGCCAAGCUUGCGCAGAUCUGGGGGGAAGGGGUGUUAUGUAUUCUGAAACAUACAAAAGGGCCGGCAACAGCUCUGUUGCUCCCUGAUUGGGUAGGACGCAGCAGAGGCUGUUGCUAGCCUUCCCUAACAGCUAAUCUUCCCUGAUUGGCCGAGGUACUGCAUCGGCAGUUGCUGAGCAGUACCCGGCCCCUGAUUGGUUAAUGUGAUUGUUACAAUUACUAUAAAUACUGGGCGCGUAUUGUGAAACCUUGAAUCGUUGUUAUCU